ACCGGAGUGUGGGCGGUGGAGAUCAUUUUGUUUCAUUUUCCCGGCUGUAAAACCCUACUCAGUUCUGAGAACUCCCCACUUAAACUCUUCUUCUCCUAUUUAAUUUUUUUUUUUUUACCCCUUUUCGUUGUUUGUGACUUGUGAGUAAUGGUACAUGAUGCUGGUGUUGUAGCUGGUGUUUUGAGUAUUUCAUUUUUUUGAUCCAUCAAACCCCCGAAUCCACUCUCCGCCUGCUAUUCUAUUCUCGGUAAUGGAUAAUAAUCUGUCAAUUUCUAACCUUCAUCAUCGUCGUCGUCGUCGUCGUCGUCUGACUGACUGAUUCAAGUGUACGAGUAGAACGCAACACCGGUGGUCCUGCUCCAAAGUCCAACCUGCUCCAUUUUUGCUUUAGAAGAUUAGAUUAAAUUCAACGGAAUUUCGCCCCGCCCCACAGCCAUGUCCUGGGCAUCCAGGGGCCUCAUUUGUCGUCUCCGCCUCUUCUCCAUCUCAGACGGCCUCACCACCACCCCUAACUGGAGAUUCUUCAGCGCCCAACCUUUACGUGUGGAUGAACUACAAGAGAACAGCAGCAGCUCCUCUCGUGUCAUCGAAGCCAAAUCUCGGGUCAUGACUCCUAACUCCAAAAGGCCCGGAGCCAUUGCCGUCAAGUGUGGUAUGACCGCUCUCUGGGACAAAUGGGGUGCUCGCCUUCCUAUCACCAUCCUUCAUAUGGAUGAUAACAUCGUCUCUCAAGUCAAAACCCCCGAAAUAGAAGGCAUAUCUGCCCUCCAGAUUGGAUGCGGCCACAAAAAAGAGAAGCAUUUGACGAAGCCGGAGGUGGGCCACUUUAGAGCUCAAGGUGUCCCCAUGAAAAGGAAGUUAAGGGAGUUCCCCGUCACUGAGGAUGCUUUGCUCCCUGUUGGUACUCACAUUGGUGUUCGUCAUUUUGUUCCUGGGCAGUUCGUGGAUGUCACUGGCAUUACUAGGGGGAAAGGCUUUCAGGGUGGGAUGAAAAGAUGGGGGUUUAAAGGAAUGCCAGCUUCUCAUGGUGCUUCAUUAUCGCAUCGAAGUAUUGGUUCUACAGGUCAAAGGGACGCUCCUGGAAAGGUGUUUAAGGGCAAAAAGAUGCCUGGGCGCAUGGGUGGGAAACAAAGAACAGUAAAAAAUAUUUGGGUUUACAAAAUUGACCCAGCCAGGAAUCUGAUGUGGGUGAAAGGCCAGGUUCCGGGUGCCACAGGAAACUUUGUGUUUAUAAAAGAUUCAGUGUUCAGAAAACCUGAUAUAUCAACACUGCCAUUCCCAACGUAUUUUGCCCCAGAAGAUGAAGAUUUAUCUGAGUUGGAACCUCUGAUAGCUGAUCUUGGUGAUACAGAUCCAUUCAUGGCUGCUGACUAGUCAGAGAACUAGCUGUGAACAAACUUAUUAUCAUCACCAGGUUGAAGAUGCUUACCGUCCAUUGUGGUUCUCUUAGGCUUUUUUGGCAUCUGAGAAGGAUGCUGGUGCAUGGGAAGUCGAGUCUUUGAUUGCACAAGGCAUGUCUUUCCAGUUAGAAAGGUUGUUUUUGAAGCUUUUGUCAAAUGAAUGCCAUUAUGGAUUAUUGUUUAUUUUUAGUUGAUUUUAUCCUGUUGCUUUAACAACCAUAAAACUGUCACAACAAAAUUUUCUUUUAGAAUUUAAAAGAUUCAGUAUUUAGUUUUGCUUGAGGAGAAACGUCUAGGAUCUAGCAAAGAUUUGGAGAUAUUUGUUCCACCUUUUUGGAACGAAUUAGUUGUUUGUGCGUAC